UGUGUGUUUGUGUGUGCUCAGUCAACUUGGGGCAGCUUUCUUUCAACGUCACUGCUGGGUAGCGAGGCGUCUUUUUCUCAACUGGCUCAACACGAAGUCCAAGGAGGGCAUCUGAAACUACUGGAGCGCGCGCCGCACCUGCACGUCGUUCGUAAAGCGGCCGUUUUGAACGGCGCGCCACUGGCCGACUCUGGCCGCGACCUCGCGAUCGCCAUUCCAAAAGCAAGAGCAAGAAGCCUAGCAGAAGGCUAGAAAACAAUGGCGAAUAUGUUGACUUGCUUUCUGUAAAUUGAUGCAAACCGUUUUCUUCUAGUGAUUUAAUUACGCUGGAUUGUCCUUGCCUCGAAAUUGAUCGAGGUGAAUUUAUAUGCAGAGACUGAGACAAUCUUCUUUGGAAAAUCUUCAAGCAUAAAUCAACCCUUUCAAUAUAUGGAGAAUAACAUGUGAUUAUGAAAUCUCAAAGAUGGGGCCAUUGUAAAGAAACGGUAUGCUGCGUGGAGAUAACGUGGGUGAUGCUGGCAGCAGUGCAGAUAACAACGGUACUCAAGCACCGAAUAUAGAAGCCACUACUAGUCAAUCUGGAACUGGAGAAUCUAUAGGAUCUUCUAACUCUGUUCCAGAAAUCCUAGAAACUGUUCCAACCUCAGAGAAUAAUCAUGUCAACACAGAGAGUCUUGUAGAACAAAGUGGGCAAAGUGCUGUUCAAACCAUUCCUGAAGAGACUAGUGUACCUUCUCAAUCUAAUGAUACAAUCCUAUCACAAUCAUUGCAUCAAGGAGAAAGUGAAGCUUCUGAGGCCUCCACCUCUGCUCAGCACACAUCAGCUAUCAUAUCAACUCCAAGUGUGCCCACUAGACCUAUUCUUUCCCCAGGGUCAAUAGCAAUUUUACGUAUUAGAACCACAGAAGAAGAUGCUAAUGCUUUGCUUCGGGACAUUGCUAACAACGUUGUGACCUUUGCAGAACUUCUGCAGACAGCACAAGCGGUUCAAAGUGGGCAAGCAGUGCAGGUGGAGCAAAAUCCCUCUGCAUUGAGUGGCGGAGAAGCACGUCCUCAGCGAAGACAUAGAAAUAUUACAUUACCUAUCAUGGAAAGACCUAGAGCAAAUAACAACAAUAACAACAACAAUAGGGCCCGAAAUAAUAAUCCAAAUACAACAAAUGCACUCAUAACAGUGCGAAACCAAUUGUUUUAUACACUAUUUGUGAAAGCUGCUCUCUUAUAUGCAAGAACAUUUCCUAGACAUGUCAGAAGAAUUCUUGAAUUCUUUUUCUUACUAUUGGCCCUUGGAUCACUCUUUGUGUUGAUCUACAUUCAUAUUGCGUUCUCAAGGACACCAACCAAUUGCCUUGAGCACAUUCGUAAUGACUGGCCUCGAGAUGGCAUAUUAAGAGUAGAAAUUGUUCGAGGGGGUGUAUCAGAUGAUUACACAGUUGAAAAAUCAUAUGCAAAGGAGGAGAGAUUACGACAGGAACGUGUUGAAGACAUCAGCACUGUUUUAGGUCUUCUGACAAGAGAUGGUUUGACAGUAUUCAGAGCACUUCCAUUCAGCUAUUAUGUAUGGAAUCCAAUCAGUUUUAUGAUAGAACCAUCUACAUCAGAAGUAGGGGAGGAAAGAAAUACAGGUCUCGCCAGUGAAUCAGAUGUUUCCUCAGAUGAUGGUGAAAAUGAAACAACUCCAAGUAACACUGAGGGAUUGCAAAUGUUAUUUGAAAAUGAAACAGCACAAGAACACUUAACUAGUAAAUCCAAAGAUGAGAUGGAUAUUUCAGAAGGGUUUAAACUGGAAGAUGAUGGUGCUAGCAUACAAAAGGUUGAUUCUGAAACAAAUGAAGAGAUGCAGAAUACAGGUCCAGAGUAUUUAUCUGUUGAUGCUGAGGGAAUCAUUUCUGUGAAUAAGACAAUCACAGACGAAGAAGCUGAGAAGUCUUUAAAAUCUGAUGUUGAAAAACUAGUACGAGCUGUAUGGCCUGAAGACAUUUACAUUGUAGAGUAUUCUCUGGAAUAUGGAUAUUUACGCCUUGGUGCUGAAAAACGUAAACUGUUAAACAUCCCUGUGAAAAUUGUUGCUCUUGACCCAAACAAAGAUAAAUGCUUUGGUGAUUGGUUUUUACGAUUUAUUUUGAAAGAGUUCCUAGGCUAUGAUGAUGUGCUGAUGGCCUCUAUUAAAAAUUUGGCAGAAACAGAGGACAAUAAAGGCUACUUAAGAAAUGUGGUGACUGGUGAACACUAUCGGUUCGUGACCAUGUGGAUGGCUCAUACAUCUUACUUUGCCGCUCUUUUCGUCAUGCUUGUCUUUACCGUGUCCACGUCCAUGCUGCUGCGCUACUCCCACCACCAGAUCUUCGUCUUUAUCAUACCUCUACCACUUCACGUUCUACGCCUACCACUACCGCUUCAACGGCCAGUACACGCGGCUCGCGCUCGUCACCUCCUGGCUCUUCACGCAGCAUCCGUAA